AUCCUUCUUCAGCAUGAAGGACCGAGUCUAGAUCAAAUCUUGACUACAGUCACGGCACUUUUCAUUGCACGGAUGAUAUGUUUUUAAAAAGUUUCAACGUUGUCUAUAAAUUCCUGUGCUUCAAAACCUUAAUUUCAUCAAAUUGCCCCUUUCCUUCCCCCCACCGUUCCCAUCAUCAAAGUUUUCUUUAUUCUUUUCACUGUCUUCGCUGCUACACUUUCGCUUCUGUUUCAUUUGACUAAGUAACUUCACUAUAACGUCUCCAUCUCUAUCUAAUGAGUGGUCAGAACUAUAUCGGUUCGAAAAUAUCGCUCAUCAGCUUGAGUGAUAUUCGAUAUGUUGGUAUAUUGCAUAAUAUCAAUCCCUCGGAGUCAACCGUUGCUUUACAGAAUGUUAAAUCGUAUGGCACUGAAGGCCGUAAAGCAAAUCCUCUUGAAGAGAUUGCAGCUUCGGAUACAAUUUUUGACUAUGUAGUCUUUCGAGGUUCAGAUAUUAAGGACCUUCAAGUCUAUGAGGCCCCUCCUGCUUUUCAGUCAGAAUUGGCUACUGCACAGCAUCAAGAACAACAAGCAGCUCCACCACCUCAAGCAGCACAGCCACAACAACCCAUACGUCAUCAGCAAACGCAAGCCCAGUUCAAUCCUGUUAUGAACACGAUAUCGCCGGCUAAGACAACUUAUCGAUCUCCUUAUUAUCCACCUUCGCAAAUCUCAUACAAUAGUUACAGUCCAUAUGGCCUUAAUAACAAUGGCAUCAUGAGUGACAACACGAACGGUUAUUGGCAGUCUAAUGCGUUCUCGAACAAUUUUGCCCCACUACAAUCACAACAGCCGCAACCGUUCGCUUAUCAAAUGCCCAUUCCUGAACCUUAUCAACAGCCACCAUCACAGCCACCCUCUUUUCCUCCACCCUCAGCAGCAGCAGCAGCUAAUCUCACUUUGGGAACCAUGGAUGAGGGUGAAUUAGCAGGUCUUUCGAAAAAUAAUCAUGAGAAUGACAUGAAGAUAAGUACUGCCGGGCACGAUACAGAUCUGCCUAUUCCACAUAACGCAACAACCGCCCUAAUGAAAGCACCCUUAACGCAAGAAAAAGAAGAGAUUUGCAUUGGUGAAAUGAGUCCUACUGCCACUCUUGAUGUUGGCACCAAUGAGAACACGGUGAAUGACAGAGAUGCUGAGCUAUUAGCUGUUGAAACCUUGUCGAAACAGGUGUUAGACUUGGAGAUUAAACAUUUGCCAACAACUAAUGAGAGUGCGAAGGCGAUGGAUAGCAGAACUGCUAUACCCAAAACGGAGACAGAUAAUGAGCAUUCAUCUCCCAAAGUUGAGCAACAACAAACACAGCUGAAAACUACUCCUACGGAGGAAAAGGGUCGUAAGAAAAAACAAUCAAAUACCGAUGAUAAGAUUAGAAAAAAUGCCACAAUGACAAAGAAAAGCCUAAGAGCUCCUUCUCAAACGGCUCCCAUUCCCCGCUCAAAUGAUGGACGUACUGCACGUGAAGUUACCAAUGGAGAGAAUGAUAUCAGAAAGCGAAACGACAAUGCUCGUCGUAACUCAAACCAAAGCCAUCAUCGAAAUAAUAAGAAUGCAACCGCUGGCAAUGGUAACAACUUUAUGUUCUCCAAGACAGAAUUCGACUUUGCAUCCUCUAAUGCAAAGUUCGACAAGAAUGAACCCAACGAAAGUGAAACCAUUGUUAUUCCAGAGCCAGAACACUUUUAUAAUAAGAGUUUUUUUGAUGACAUUUCAUGCGAAUCUAAAGAGUUUCAAGAAGGAACGCGUCCUAGCUUAAAGUAUAGGGAAGAAGGCAAACUGAAUAUGGAAACGUUUGGGCAAGCCGGUACUGGAAAUGUUGGUCUAAUGGGUGAAAGAAGAGGCCGUGGAGGUCGUGGAAGAGGCGGCCGUCAACAGAGCCGUGGUGGCAGUCAUCGCUUAUCCAGAAAAAGAGAUCAGACUUUGGGAUGAUUUCCGAACUGAGGAAACUUGAAUUAUAAUAAAGAAGUGAUGUCUUGUUAUUCAUACUUGUCAUUUAUCAGCAUAAUUCGGUAAGAAGAACAGCAGCUCAGGGAAAAGCUAGACAUUGUUUUAUGU